GCUACGUGGAUGCAUCAAUUCGUGUUGCGCUCAAGUUGGUAGUAAAAAGAAUAGGUGUAUGUAUUAGCAUACUCGAAAGCUGAGGUUCGAGAGCUUAAUAUAACUACUAUAUUAUAGUAGCAAAAACUCGAUGUAUUUUGUUUUGUGAAUUUUUUAUUAUAUUAAAACGAUGAAUGUUUUUCGCUUGGUCGGAGACCUUUCUCAUCUAUUAGCUAUUCUACUUCUGUUAUGGAAAAUCUGGAAAACACGUUCUUGUGCUGGUGUUUCUGGGAAAAGUCAAGCUCUUUUUGCUUUGGUUUUUUUAACUCGAUACCUUGAUCUUUUUACCACCUUUGUCUCAGUGUAUAAUACAUUUAUGAAAAUUGUGUUCCUGGUGGCAACAUUUGCAACCUGCUAUCUGAUUUUAUUUAAAUUUAAAGCAACAUAUGACUCUAAUCAUGAUAGCUUUCGUGCUGAGUUCCUUGUUGUUCCUCUUGCUGGUCUAGCUGUUCUUGUGAACCACGAGUUGACAGUGUUUGAGGUUUUAUGGACAUUUUCUAUUUAUUUGGAGUCAGUGGCAAUUCUUCCUCAAUUAUUUAUGAUUUCAAAAACUGGCGAGGCUGAAAGUAUCACAAGUCAUUAUUUGUUUGCGUUAGGAUCUUAUCGUGCAUUGUAUUUGCUUAAUUGGAUUUACAGAUAUUAUUUUGAAGGAUUUUUUGAUCUUAUUGCCAUUGUUUCUGGAUGUGUGCAAACUGUCCUUUAUUGUGAUUUCUUUUAUCUAUACAUUACUAAAGUUUUGAAGGGUAAAUCAUUAAAGUUGCCAGCCUGAACAAGUAUUUGAUAUUAAAUUUCUUGAGAAAAGAAAUACGACGAAAUCUAUUUUAUUUAAUAAUAAUAUUUUGUUUACCAUAAAUUUAUUUUUCAAGCUUUUAUGUUUACACUUUAGUUUGUUGAGAAGUAUUUGUAUUUUUGUGGUUCUAAAAUGAUAAUUUUGUUUUGGCAUUCUCCGUUUUUACUAAUAAUACUGUUUUCAAUGCUAAAUGAUUUUUUCUAUACUUGAUAAAAAUUUACAUUGUACUUAAAAACUCAAUUAAAAUAUUUAAGCGCCAUUAUUUGGUUAAUCUUUCAUGUAUUUGAGUUGGAUAAAAUAUUGAAAGGUUUUUGUUGUAUUUAAACAAGUUUUCUUUAUGUCGUGUUAUGUAAUUUUAUCACAACAUUAUACGUGUUUUUUA